GGCCCAGGAUGGCGCUGCGCUGGGCGGCCCCGGGCCGUGUCCGCUGGCUGGCGCGGGCACUGGCGGGCCCCGCUCGGCUCCUGCCGCCCGCCGCCGCCACGGGCCCACCGGGGCCCGGCCGGCUCCCCCCGCGCUGGUCCAGCGCCCGGUUCGCCAGCACCGCCGGGCCCGGCCCCGGCCCCGGCCCCGAGGGCCCGCAGCGGCGCGUUGUGGUGGUGAGGAUCACCAGCCCCUUCGCCUGGCUCCGCACCCGCUUCUACUACCUGCUCAUCCGCCUCUACUUCGAUCAGGAGUUCAGCGUCGAGGAGUUCACGCGGGGGGCCAAACAGGCCUUUUCUGUUGUUUCAAAGCUGCUGUCUCAGCGUAAACUUGACCUGCUGGAUGAACUUGUCUCACCAGAGGUACUUCAGGUGCUGAAGGAAAAGAUUUCUUUGCUCCCUGACAGCCACAGGGAUGCUUUAGCAGCUGACAUUGAUUCAAUCAUGUACACAACAGAAGGAGAUGUUCGCAUUUACUAUGAUGAUGAUGGAAGAAAGUUUGUUAGCAUCCUAAUGUGUUUCUGGUAUCUGAAUGGUGCUAAUCUACCUGAUGAAGUACCAGGUGGAGCCAAAGUUUUUCAGAUUGUGUUCGGAGAUGAAAGCACAAAAGAAAAAAAACAUCUUUUAACAGCAAACUAUGAGUUCCAAAGAGAAUUUACAGAAGGAGCAAAACCAGACUGGACAAUUACACGGAUUGAACAUCCAAGGCUAUUAGAAUAAAUGCCUUCUACAGCCUUUUUAUGUACCAUUGUAAAUGUUCUGAUGUAACAAAUAUCAGGGGGGUUUGGGUCUCUCUUUUUUCCUUUCUUGCCCUUUCCUCCAAAAGAGAGAUGAAUUUUGUAUGUUUGAUUCUCAAAAAUUUUUUCUGAAACAUUCAUUGUGCUGCAGUAUUCCAAUAAAGCCUUUUCCCUGGAACAGGCUAGUACAAAUUUAAUUGGCUCCAAUGCUCAUCCAAGACAUUUAGGCAGAGCAGUUUCACCCUGACAGGUGUUAUGGGUAUGUUGACUUACAUUCUGAGAAGAGAUGGUACUGUUUGAAGAUAAACAAUGCUUUAAUGGCUGAUGGCCCUUCUGAGUUACUUUUCUAUGUUUCUUUUUUCCCUUAGGGACUGUACAAUAUAUAACUGAAUAAUAUGCAAGAUGAAAUAGAGGUAGAUGGACUUCUUAGAUUGUCUAGCCUCAGCAGUUCAAUUUGAGGUAAUCUUGCUUUUGAAUAUGUUUUGAGAUUAAGAAAGUUAGAGCCAUUGCCAGUAUUUGCUACAGGAUUGGAGUAAAAAAAAAAGCUUCUAGCAUUGCACUGGGAAAAUGCAACCAAGAGAUAUGUGUGUUUUGAAAAAUUAAAAAAAUACCCAUUCCUUUCAAUUCAAUAACAUAUAGGCAAUUCCAAGUUUAGAGGUUUGUGAAAGAAAAAUCAGUUAAACCCAUGAAUUUAAAAGAGGACCUGACAGUUAAGUUCAAUGAAGUCCUCUGUCUGAAAUGUGUGUUAAAGAAAUGAACAAAUCCUUAAAAUUAGAUGUUGCAACUGAACAACUCAGUUUAUCUCUGGUUUCUGGAACACGAGAAUCCUGGUGUAAGUGGCUUGAGGCUUUUUUAUGCAAAUCAACAGGAGAGCAUCAUAACAGGUUUCUUCAUCCCUUAUAUCAACUUCAAAUAUAAAACUAACUUUCUACACAGGCAUGCUGUAGACAUUAAUGUAGUGUUUUGAAAGUAUAAAGUAUAAUUACUGUGAUUCACAGUAGUUGUGAUUGAAAGGUAUAAAUUAAAUUUUCCAUAGUGCAGCUCUUUUGAUCCAAUGAUUUAAUGAGGGGAACAUUUAAAUCUUAUAAAAAAGUUUUUAAUGUCAAAUCUUGGAAAAAUAAUUAUGCUACUUUGUUCUGCCUUAGCAGCAGCAGCCUGGCCUUAUAAUGCAGAAUUUGUGAUUUGUCCUCUGGACAAAGUUCACUGAUGACAGAGUGCCUUGUCCUCAGGGGAGGAGCAGAAUUCUGUAUAUAUAGCCACUGUGUAUGCAGUCAGCCUGGAAAAGUUUGAGACAAAGCAAAAAAUGUUUAUUAUUCUGUGGGCCAUUUGCUCAAUGGUGGGAUGUCCAGUUUGGCCACUGAAUGAUGUGCUGCAAGAAGCUGCAAUCAGAUUUAUUUGAGUCUGUAACAGACCCAAAUAACAAGUAACAAGAGACAAAGCAGAACACUAGUGAAGUGUGGGGAUGCACUUCUGAAAGAAGUCAUUAUGAUGGAGCAAAGUAAGAAAAAAGCCACUGAAGCCGUCUUUAUAUUCAGGAGUGUUUGCUUUCAUGUUUAAAUAAUAUAGAUCUAUUCAGAAAUACUGGUAUAUCUUAGAUUUUAAUUCAGGUUACUUUAUUAGUAUCUUUUUGUGUGAUUGGAUGUAUCAAAAUGAGAGUCUGUCAUGACUGAUGAAGAAUUACCCUUUUACUAGUGAGUGCUCCAUUUUUGGUUGCAAAGGCAAAGUAGACCCUUCUGUAUGACUGAUAAUGAAAUUUUUUUUGUUGUUGUUCACUAUAAAAUUGUGACUUGAUUCAAACAUGCUCCAAGUUGAUAACACAGUUUUGCUGCAAAAGAUGUAAUUGAAAAUUUACAUGCACUCCUUUAUUCUUUUGAAGUUGUGUAUCUUGUGCAUCGGGGCCAGAGGGGGCAGCAGUUGGAUGUUUGUGGGUUUUUCCACCUCUAAGCUUCAUCUAAAAAAUCGUCCUGGAGACUGCAAAUCUCCAUCAGAUGCAGAACUCCAUGUGGCCUUAUUGCACCGCAAAUGAAUCGGAAAGGCACAUAAAUUACUAAGCUUACUGUAUUGGAAAGUGGUCUUCUCCCACAGUGAAUAAAACUGGUGUAAUCAAACUGAA